AUGUUCCAAAAGCUUCUCGGUCUCUCCUUGGUGGCUGCGGUCUCAGCCCACCAGAACUUCCACCAGUUCUGGGUUAACGAUGUAUCUGCCGGAUACCAAGUGGGCGUUCGCAUGCCGCCGUCCAACAGCCCUGUUACCGAUGUCACCAGCAACGACAUGGCCUGCAACGUAGACGGCAGCACCGUCCCCUCCGGAGUCGAAACCGUUGCUGCCAGCGAAGGCGACAAGAUCACAGUCAACUGGGACAUCUCAGGUCACCCCGGACCCAUCACUCACUUCUUGUUCGGACCGGUCGACGAUGCAUCCCAAGCCACCGGCAUUGGUGCUGGCUGGUUCAAGAUUGAUGAGCGAGACUACGUUGAUGGGAAGUGGGCCAACGAGGUCAUGGGAGCGAACGGCGGAAACUACACCUUCACCCUCCCUACCGGUCUGCAGAGUGGUGAAUACCUCCUCCGAUCCGAGAUGCUGGCCCUGCACGGCGCUCAGACUGUUGGGGGUGCCCAGUUCUACAUGGGAUGCGCCCAGCUGAAGGUCACUGGAACGGGCUCCGGCUCUUGCACACCCUCCAUCUCGAUCCCCGGUACCUACAAGGCUGAGGACGAUAACAUCUACAUCCCCAACGUCUACAACGGCUUCGACCCCACCACCUACACCGCACCAGGUGGCAGCGUCGCCACUUGCGGCGGCUCCGGCUCCGGCUCAAGCCCGAGUACCACCGCCGCUGCCUCGACUUCAGCCUCAUCGGCCGCCGUCCCCGCGAGCAGCGCCGCUUCCUCUGCUCCCGUGACUGUCUCCUCGGCGCCCGCCGCCGUGGCCUCUUCGACCAGCAAGGCCAUCGCCUCCUCCACUGCCGCGAGCGCAGCGCCCACGCAGACUGCUGAUGACAGCGAGGACGACUCUUGCGACGCCGAUGGCGACGAUGAGGACGAUGACUCCUGCGAGGCCGAGGAGACUAGCGCCCCUGCUACCGCUGUCCCUACCACCUUCAUCACCCGCACCAGCGCAUCUUCUGUUGCCGCGACUUCGUCCCAGGCGGCUGCUACCUCCGGCGUGGCUUCAUCUGGCAAGGUCAAGCUCUAUGGCCAGUGUGGAGGUACUGGAUUCACCGGAGCCACAGAGUGUGAGAGUGGAUCUUGCGUGGUCAUGAACGACUACUAUAGCCAGUGUGUUUAA